CAGAACAUCAAGCGAUGCAGGACAGCCUUGCGUUAUCUGUGACUUUCUGGAGGAGAGGGAAGAUGCUUCUGCCGCGAAGCGCCGCCAGCUGCCGCGCGUCGGUGCUCUGAGCUGUGCGCACAGCAAAGAGGAGAAGCAGCCUCUACAUCGCGCUACACAGACCGGUUUCCUCACAUUGACGUGGACCAUGAGCAAUGAUUCACCUGCUCUGACAAGUCUGAGUGAGAACUCCACUGAUGUGCCAGUGUCAGUGGGCCAGGUGGACAGCUAUGUGCUGCUGCUAGUUGUGCUGAGUGUGUUUGCGGGAGGAACCCUGGUGCUGCUGUCGCUGCUGCUGCUCUUCUGUCACCGCUGCUGCCUGGGAGGGCGCCGCUACUCCCGAGCGAGUGAUGACCCUGAAAAGACAAAUACCACUUAUGCAGAAGAUUCUCAGCCCACCCAAGAAAUCACUAUUCGUUUGGAUGAAUCAGAUGCUCUUUCAUCUUCAAGCUGUCACGAUGGGGACUCUGAGCGAUUUGUCUCCACAGGCAUCAUUGGCCGUAGAGUCUCCUUUAAUGAAUCUGCACUUUAUGAACAGGAAAAGACAGCUCAGGACAAAGGACGAAGAUAUACGCUCACAGAAGGAGACUUCCAUCACUUGAAAAAAGCCCGUCUAACUCAUCUGCACUUGCCUCCCGCCCCGUGUGAUCUGAAGAUACUGACCAUUAUGGAGUGUGACUCAACUGAAAGCAGCACUGUGAACAUUAAUGAGACCGCGGCAUCCAAAGUGCCCCUCAGCAUCUAUCAGUUAAGUGAGAGAAGAGUCCUUGGGGAUCCUCUGGACUGGGUUGGAGGCCUGCCGGGGGACCCUCAUCACUCUGUCAUAAUGGACCAGAGCAAACAGUCUUCCUUAGUUAGAAGACCACCCCACACACGCUCACAAACAAUGGACACAUUUGGAAACAGGGCUGAGGCAAAAUGUAAAAUGGGCUUGGACUGUGACUCAAAUCAAGUCUUAGGGCAGACGUCAGUUCUGAGGUUUUUCUCCAAACUGCGACGUCAUGCCAGUUUGGAAGGUGUGGGGCCAUAUUUUAGAAGGUGGAAGUUUGACUCAAGCCAUCGGGCAGCAAGCCUGGAUGAUAAAGGAUCUCCCAAAAGACGACCCUUUCAGCGACAAAGAGCUGCAAGUGAAACAACAGAUCACACUGAGGAGGAUUCUUCUCUCAGAGACAACACAAUUGAAUCUAUUCCACAGUCUCCCAUUGACAGCAGUGGACUCCAGUCUUUGUCUGCAGAGUGUCUGUCCCAUCCAACCACAGCACCUGCUCCGCCUGUCUUCUUCAGGCUAAAGUUGGAGGCCAUGAUGGAGGUUGAAAACAACAAUAGCAGAGAAAGACCUCUCCAUGAUUCUCUGGCAAAAGAAGAAACCAAAUUACAGAAAGUGAUCAGCAUUAACCCUGCUGGUGCCAGGCAUGGCUCUAUUGAGGAUGAUGACUUGUUUGUUCAAGAAAGUCUACCAAAAGAGACAAACCAACAAGAAAAGCAAAACCAUGUUGAGACCGAGAUGGUGGAUGGUGACGACGUGGUGUUGGGAGCCAUAGCAAGACAACGGACAAACUCUGGUUCAUCUCUAUCCUUCACCCGUCAGGAGAGCACUGAGGCUCACCCUUCCCUUUACAGAGAUAUAUGGAGCUUACGGGCCUCUUUGGAGCAAUACGCCUCUUCAGACCAGAGCAGCACAGAUCGAGAGUCCAUCCGCAGUGAUGCGGACAGUGUCUCAUCUUACGGAGGGGCUGGAGCUCGCUCUGGUCUGAACACUUGCCUGUCCCAGGACUUGGAUGAUGAACCUGAGGGCGAAAGUGAGGGGGAAGUGGGGGAUCGAGGUCUCAGAGGUGCUAGUGGAAAUGAUGAUACAGGCAAUGGUGCUGUGGGAGAGGGUGAGUCAGGAAACAGGAAGCUGUUACAGAUGGACAGUGGCUAUGCCUCCAUUGAAGCGCCCUCAAGGGCCCCUGAGGACAUGCGUCUGUUUGGGACAUCUGGCGCAUCCCGAGGGAAGACAGCAUCAGAAAGGAGAUUGUUCUUCACUAACUCUGGACGGAAGGGUUCAGUGUGUGAGAGCCUGGAGACCAGGCUGCUUCAGGAAGAGCUAGAAGAUGAUCUCAUAGACAGCAAUGACAAGCUUCAUAACAGCACCAGUCAGCUGAUCACUUUACAACAGCCAUGUAUAAAACAAACUCCUCCCCAGCUUCACGAUCCUACAUCCCAUCUCAUGCCUAGUGUGACGAAACCACAGCCUCCAAGUCCCCAUAAACCUCGCCUUCGUCGCCGUGACUACAGCAUUGACGAGAAGACAGAUGCUCUUUUCACUGAGUUCCUUCGCCAUGAUCCCCGAUUUGACCAGCCAGACUCUCCACUGCGCACGAGGCGGCGCUCACGAGUUCACCUGAGGAAACAGUGGCAGAGACACAAGCAAUACAGCGAUCCAGGUUCAAGUGCUGGGGGAAGGUACUCUCCAUCUUUGGAAAGGCAGAGAUUCACUCCACUCAGGCGAGGCGACAGUGCAGGGUAUCUGCUUGACACGAGGUAUCACAGUACACUUUCUCGAAUAGCAAGUGCUGCAGAUGAAGAAGCCAGUGAGGUUGCAGCCAGUGAGGAGGAAGCAAAACAAGGCAAUGAGGAAAAAGGGCCAGUUGUAGCUGAAGAUGCAAAAGAAGUAGAGACAUCUGUGGAAGAUGAGAUGAGGUGUGAGGGGGAUGCCGACUGCAUUUCUAAAAGCACUGGAAGCACAACCAACACAAAUAUGGCCACUGAACAAACAAGUCACAUCAAUCCAAGAGUUGACAACAAAAACAACAAUAGCAGUCAAAUUAUUCUAUCAGAGAGCAACCUGGCAGACAAACUGGUGAAGUCGGUGGAGGAGAGACUCUAUGGAGGUUUGAGAAGCGGAGACAAAGAGAACCAGGGGGAAACCAAGGGUAUGGUAACAACAUCUCAAAGGGCCUCCCCAGACUUUAAACCCAAGUGAUACAUCAUAAUUCAACAUAUUAUAACCAGACGAUCAUAGAAAUGUGUGUGGUUAUGUUUACAGAAUACCAAAACAACGUGCUUAUCAUACAAUAUCCCUUAUGUUGCAAACCUUGUGAUGUGACAGGUAAAGGCCUUUAAUGUGGCUUUCUUCAUCAUUCAUUAAUACUGUAAUUGA